CCCGUGCACAGCUCUAGUAGUUGAUAAGUGGAAAAUGAUAAGGACUUUAAAUAAACGAAUUUAAUAUUGAACGAAUUUAAAUAUCCAAUCCAAUCCAAUGAACGAAUUUAAAUAAAAUAAACUUGACGGAUGAAUUAUGGAUCUUCUCUCAAGUCUCAACCCGACCAAUUCCCGCCCGUGAUGCCAAUUGGGUCACCGACGGGCUCCAGCCUUAUAAUAAUUGCCGCAACUAUGUGCGCGUUGGUCUUCGGGCUUCCUCCUUUUAGAGACCCACCAAGUGUUUGCGUAUACUAGCUGAAUCAAUCAGAUGCUGAAAAGGUGAUACAAGUUUCAGCAAUGGUGACAAUUUUCUGAUUCUGUAUCUAGCAUCACAGAUCCGCCAUUACUGCGCUCCUGUUAGCCGAGCUGCAGCAGCCAGAUGUUGUAACAUAAGUUUUCACUAUAGUUCUGGUGAGAAGGGGAAGUUGAAAGUCUUAUAUACAUUUUUGGGGGAUAAGAAUGGCUUUAGGGAAGUACUCUAGAGUUGAUGGUAGGAAAUCCUCUACAAGUUAUUGUUCAACGGUGACCAUAGUGAUAUUUGUAGCACUAUGCCUGGUUGGCGUGUGGUUGAUGACAUCAUCAUCCGUUGUACCAGUGACAAAUUCAGAUGUUUCUUCACAAGAGGAGGGAAAGAGUGACUUAAAGACACAGCUACACGAGAGCAGUGAGAGUGUGACUGGCAGCAAUGAUAACAACAAUGCUAGUGGUGAAAGUAACCAAGCCGAUGCUGUGAAAUCGAAGCAGUUUGAGGAUACUCCUGGUGAUCUACCUGAUGAAGCAACUAAAGGGGAUGUUGCAACUCAAGAGGAAAAGAGUUCUGGUUCUCAAGAAACAGAGAGAACUGCUGAAGAAAACCAGAAGCUAAAUGAGGGAGAGCAAUCUGGAGGAGAAAAGAAAGAGGAACCUCAGUCCACAGAUGAUUCCAAGGUUCAGAUAGACAAUGAAGAAGAUAAGAAAGAAAAUGUAGAGCAGAAGGAUGAUGAUGUUGGAAAAAAGUCUGAAGAGGGGGAGAAAACUGAAGUUAAGUCAGAUACAGGUUAUACUGAGAAAGCCCCAGAAGAAAAUGCAGGUGAAAGAAAAGGUGAUAAAGAAGAUAGUUAUGCAGAGAGUACAGAUGACAAGAAGGAUCAUGAAGCUACUGAUGAGAAAAAUCAGUUGCCAAAUGAAGUUUUUCCUUCCGGAUCUCAGUCUGAGCUCUUGAAUGAAACUACGACGCAGAAUGGGGCAUUUUCAACUCAGGCAACUGAAUCAAAGAAUGCAAAGGAAGCUCAGAAAUCUUCUGGAACUGAUACAGAGAAUGGGUACAACUGGAAGCUCUGCAAUGUCACUGCUGGCCCUGACUUCAUCCCUUGUCUUGACAAUCUGGAUGCUAUUAAGCACCUCAGAAGUACUAAGCAUUAUGAACACAGGGAGAGACACUGUCCUGCUGAUUCUCCAACUUGCCUUGUUUCACUUCCUGAAGGAUAUAAACGCUCAAUUGAGUGGCCAACAAGUCGGGAAAAGAUAUGGUACCAUAAUGUUCCACACACUAAGCUUGCAGAGGUUAAGGGGCAUCAGAACUGGGUUAAGUUUAGUGGUGAAUACCUUACCUUUCCUGGUGGUGGAACCCAGUUUAAGCAUGGCGCUCUUCAUUAUAUUGAUUUUCUGCAGCAGUCUCUGCCUGACAUUGCCUGGGGAAAACGUACCCGUGUCAUAUUAGAUGUUGGCUGCGGGGUUGCCAGCUUUGGAGGCUUUCUUUUUGAAAGAAAUGUAUUAGCUAUGUCAUUUGCUCCAAAAGAUGAACAUGAAGCUCAGGUUCAGUUUGCACUUGAAAGGGGCAUUCCUGCCAUAUCUGCUGUCAUGGGUACCACGAGACUUCCCUACCCCAGUGGAGUCUUUGAUGUUGUACACUGUGCACGGUGUAGGGUGCCCUGGCAUAUUGAAGGUGGUAAGCUUCUCUUGGAGCUGAACCGUGUGCUCCGACCUGGUGGGUACUUUGUAUGGUCUGCCACUCCUGUCUACCAGAAGCUUCCUGAAGAUGUUGAAAUCUGGGAAGCCAUGAAGAAAUUAACCAAGAAAAUGUGCUGGGAAAUGGUUAAAGUGAACAAGGAUAGAUUGAAUGGAGUAGGUGCUGCCUUCUAUCGCAAACCUAUUACCAAUGAGUGCUAUGAGCAAAGGUCAGAUGAAAAUCCUCCGCUCUGCAACGAGUCUGAUGAUCCUAAUGCAGCCUGGAAUGUGCCUUUACAAGCUUGCAUGCACAAAGUUCCCACUGCUGAAUCGGUUCGAGGUUCUCAAUGGCCAGAAAUGUGGCCUGCUAGGCUUGCAAACUCACCUUAUUGGUUACUAAGUUCCCAGACAGGUGUGUACGGGAAGCCAGCCCCUGAAGAUUUUGCUGCAGAUCACAAACAUUGGACACGAGUUGUGACCAAGUCAUACAUGAGUGGGAUGGGGAUCAACUGGUCUACUGUGAGGAAUGUCAUGGACAUGAAUGCUGUUUAUGGAGGAUUUGCAGCUGCCUUAAAAGAUUUGAAAGUGUGGGUUAUGAACAUUGUUUCAAUCGAGUCUGCUGAUACGCUACCUAUAAUAUACGAGAGAGGUCUUUUUGGAAUGUAUCAUGAUUGGUGCGAAUCAUUCAGCACUUACCCUAGAUCUUAUGAUCUUCUCCAUGCGGAUCAUCUCUUCUCCAAGAUAAAGAGAAAGUGUAGCUUGAUGGGGUUGGUUGCGGAGGCGGAUCGGAUAUUGAGACCUGAAGGGAAGAUCAUAGUGCGGGACCAUGCGGAGAUAAUAAGUGAGUUGGAAAACAUAUUCAAGUCUAUGAAUUAUGAGGUGCGGAUGACUUAUUCAAAGGACAAAGAAGGCUUGCUGUGUGUGCAGAAGACAAUGUGGCGCCCUAAGGAGUAUGAGACACUAGCAUAUGCCAUUGCUUAAUAUAUUGCCUCCGUUUCAUCUUUCAGUUUUAUUUUCCAUCAUCACGGUGUGUCACUCGAUUAGGUAUUCUUUUUUUCCCUUUUUAUUUUGAUGAUUUUGAUAGUAAUCAAGGUCUACCAAGUGGCGUAUCAUAAUUUGUUAGCGAUAUUUAGUGCCCUUCUUUCUGAAUAAUUGGUUGGUUUAGCUUUUUCAAAGUUUUGUUUUUCUGUUUGUAUCAUUUACUUAUGUAUCACUACAUACUGUUGAAGAGAAAGUAUCCACUUGUAUAAAAUACGCCAUUGGAAUUGAAAAAUACAAUGGUGAAUGAACUUCAUUAAAGUCAAUAUCAACUUCCUUAUUUGCUACAUUAAUUGUCCCUUGUUCCAGUACUACAAUGUUGCUGGUUUGUGCAAAUGUCAUCAUUUUAGGCC